AUGGCGCCCUCAAUUACAACUCUUGAACAUGAGUACUCGGUUAUACCCAACACCUUGAAGCUCAAGAAAGCUCCCAUUCCGGUUCCACAAGUUGUUGAUCUUCCACUUACUCUUUCUGAGUCUCAUAUAGUGGAAGCAGCAAACUCCCAAUACUUGGAGUACUUGGACCCCGGACUGGAUCAGGGCCUGGACAUCGAGUCGGUUCUCGUUGUUUGCUGGCUCCUGGUGGUACAUGGUUUCUCCCCGGUGAGGACCAUGUACCUGGCCUUCCAUACUGCAUCAAAUCUAUGCUAUAUAGAUGGUGAAAGUCAGGGCGCCAACUCACGUGCCCUGGAGUUCUCCGCGGAGCGUCCUUUGAAGGACCUCGUUCGAGAUUUCUGUCAUAUCAAGGCCGGCCUCAACUCAACUGACCCCGACGAAGGGUCUUCUUCCGAUGAGAAGAAUCGCCUUCUCACUUCAGUUUUCCGCUAUGCCGGUGAUCGUAAAAUUCUGCAAGAGGCACCUCUGUCUGCCAAUUCAAAGAUCCCCAAUCCAAAGCUGAUGCUCAACGUCACAAAUGCAAAUGGCAAUCUCCACGCAAGCCUCGCUUUCUCAUCGCCUGAGAUGUCCAAGGAAUUCGCAACAAGCCUUCUUCACUGCUUCAACAAGGUCGUCGCAUCCAUAUACCGUUCCCCCGCAACAUCUUUGGGCGACCUCGACCUAUGCUCGGACCUUGACCUCAUUCUUUUCCAAAAGUUCACGAAAGAGGUUUCCGAAUCUCACGAGGUGCUGUUACAUGAUAUGGCGUUGGAGCAUGCGCGACUGACCCCGGACGCUACUGCGAUCUUUUCUUGGGAUGGAAAAUUCACCUAUAAAGAGUUGGAUGAUCUCACAACUCGUCUUGCCCUUCAUUUGACCACUAUUGGUGUUGGCCCCGAGACUUUCGUGCUCAGCUGCUUCGAAAAGUCCGCUUUCGCGAUUAUUGCCCGCCUGUCUAUUUUGAAAGCCGGCGGAGCGUACAUCUCCAUCGACGCGAGUGACCCUCCCAUCUUCCUCGACUCGGUCAUUACUCGCGUCAAUGCUACAAUCAUGCUCACAUCUCCGGAGUAUACAUCGAAAUAUGCCUCAAUGAUUUCAAACGUCAUUUCAAUCACAGGAGAGAGUGUAAGAAAGCUUCCAACAGGACAGCUUUCUUCCGCAGUCCAACCAGGAAACGCCUGCUUGAUUCUAUUUACGUCCGGUAGCACGGGCCAACCCAAAGGCAUUAUCCAGGAACAUCGGUCAUACGCCACAGCUAUCCGAGACUACAACAAGGUCCUCGGUCUAGGCCGACACAGUCGUGUCUUCCAAUUCGACGACUACGCAUUCGACAUCAGCAAUAAUGAUUACCUGACAGCUUUAGCAGCCGGAGGUUGUUGCUGUGUCCCAACACCCGAAAAAACCAUCUCCAGUCUGAUUGAAAACAUCAAUCUCACAAAAGCCAACAUGAGCUUCAUGACCCCAACAAUCGCAAUCCAAGUCAAUCCCAAAGACGUUCCAUCACUGGAACUACUUUGCGUCGGCGGCGAGCCCAUGUCAAACGACCUCCUCAUGAAAUGGGGUCCCCAUGUCAAGCUAGUAAAUCAGUACGGAAUGGGCGAAGCAGCCACCUUCUGCGCCUACAACGACAACCCCAAAGCAGGCCACAAUGCCGUUGUCGGCAAAUCCGGUAGCGGCGCGAUUUGGAUUGCGAAUGCCUCUUCACCGGAGCGACCAGUGCCUAUCGGCGCUGUCGGCGAGAUCUUGAUCGAAGGUCCCCAUCUCUCCCGUGGGUACUUGGAUGACCUGUGCCAAAAGCCUGAUGUCGGAUUCCUCAGUGAAGUCCCUCGAUGGAUUGCGGAUCUCCACCCAUCGCGCGCGUCGACCUCUCGCAUCUACCGAUCUGGUGAUCUGGGACGGUAUCGCCAUGAUGGCACGGUCGAGCAUAUGGGUCGGAAGGAUACACUUCUUAAACUCAACGGCGGUCGUGUCGAGUCGACGGAAGUCGAGUACGUUCUUCGCAAAACUCUCUCGCCGGGCGAUUUCACCGUCGUUGAUAUCCUCGGUGAAAUUGACGGUACUGACGAUCCUAUUCUGGUGGCUUUUGUUUUCCUGGCUGAUAACCCUGCGAAUCUUCUUCCUGGGAUCUCCGACCGGGAUAUGUCCUUCCUUCCCAUAACAAAUCGGAUCCGAGUGAAUACUUUGGUGGAAGCGAUGCAGAAAGAAGUCCAGAGCACUCUGCCAAAACAUAUGAUGCCCAGCUUGUUUAUACUCGUCGAUCGGAUCCCCCGGACAAGGUCUAACAAGCUUGACCGCAGAAAGUUGCAUCAAAUCGCCCAGAAGUGGUAUAUGGCGAAUUGA